AUGGGAAAUACCGAGAGUAAUGUUUCAAGUAGUGUUAAAAAACAAACGGAUACAUCGUCUAUAGUUCUUUACAAAUUUGUAGAUCUAAAAGGGGGUGGACUAUUCGUGGAUAUGAUGAAAAGAGCUACGCAAACUAAGCAAUUUGCGGAACUGGAUCAUGCUUUAAGAACGAAGGUCGAACCAUUUUUGUACAACAAGGGAAAAGGCAAAUGGAUACCUGUUGAGAAAUUAGUGUUAUUUAGGAAUAAAGAUCGGCCAAGACAUAAAAUGUUACCAGCAUUGAAAGCUAUGGAAAAUCCAGCAGAUUACGAUAUAAACAAAGAUUUGAAUGACGAAGACGUGGACGAGAGUAAGAUAGAUAAAAGCAAGCACAGAUUGGUAUGUUGGAGUCUGAGCGAAAGAGGAGCCGUCGGUGAAACUAUUUUACAUUUGUGUAUGUUACACGCAACAGCCAUUCACGCGGACUUGGCAAAAAGAUUGUUACGCUUUUAUCCGAAUUUGAUAAAUGAUAUUUACAUAAGCGAUGAGUAUUACGGAGAAAAUGUACUACACAUAGCAAUUGUUAAUGAAGAUCCAGCCAUGGUAAAAUAUCUUCUAGAUUGUGGAGCUGACGUACACGAACGUUGCUUCGGUAAUUUCAUGUCUCCUGAAGAUCAAAAAGCUUCGAGAUACGAUAGUUUGGAACACGAAUGGGUUUGCGUUGCCCCAGAAACAAAUUAUAGCGGAUACGUUUAUUGGGGAGAAUAUCCUCUCAAUUUUGCAGCAUGUCUAGGUCAAGAGGAAUGUUAUAGACUCAUAUUAGCCAGAGGUGCCGAUCCUGAUAAACAAGACACGAAUGGAAAUACUGUAUUACAUAUGCUCGUCAUUUAUGAAAAAUUGACGACUUUUGACAUGGCUUACGAAGUAGGUGCAUCAUUGUCUAUCAGGAACGUUCAACAUUUAACACCAUUAACAUUGUCAGCAAAAUUGGGAAGAGUCGAAAUGUUCUUUCACAUUUUAAAUAUUGAAAGAGAAAUUUAUUGGCAAAUUGGAAGUAUAACGUGUGCGGCUUAUCCUUUAUCACAAGUCGAUACGAUAGACGUGAACACAGGACAUAUAAGUCACAAUUCUGCUCUAAAUCUAGUUGUUUUUGGCGACAAAGACGAGCAUCUUGAAUUAUUGGAUGGUACUCUGGUUGAUCUUUUAAAUGCCAAAUGGAAUACAUUCGUUAAAGAUCGAUUUUAUCAACAAUUUUAUCUAUUCUGUUUCUACUUCAUUCUAUCUCUAAUAAGUUUCACGUUACGUCCUGGACCAUCAUGGACAUUGGAAAAUUCUGCUGCAACAACGACUAUUACAACUACCGAUCCAACUUUAAAUAUUUCCUCCUAUCCAAUGACAGUGGAAACAACACGAAUUUUAAAAUCAUUGCAAAUUGGUGAUAUCUCCGAAUCGAUCGUUAAAAAUCUAACAACGAGCUUGAUAUCGAAGACAAGAUUUACGAAAAAUUCGAACAACGUUCUCGAUAAGAUUUCCUUGCAAUUAAUGUCGAAUGUGACAUCGUUACUAAAGGAUGCUUUGUUACCAAUAUUAUCAUCAAUGAUAGAGGAAAAUGAUACAUUAGAUCAAUUCGAUACAAGUUUUGCUAAUCAUACUAAUCGUACUUUGUACAAUGAAAUUCAUCAAAAUAUUAACACAACUAAUCGCAUCAAUACGAUCGAUGAUUUACUUAAACUUAAUUCUACGAUAAGGGGAAGUAAUAUCAACGGUGUUACUGAAAUCAGCAGCAAAAAAAGUUGGUGGCGAACAUUUACAGAAGAAUGCAGAUUAAUGCACUUAAAUUCUGUAUCAGGAAAAAUUCGUUUAAUAGCCGAGAUAUUCAUGGAGAUUGCUGCUGUUCUUUAUAUCGCCGCUGCGUUAAGGGAAGCAAGAUUUUUAGGAUUGAAUAUGUUCAUUGAGAAUCUCAUGACAGCACCAUCUCGAGUAAUGUUUUUAUUCUCCUGUUGUCUCUUACUUUCGUUUCCAGCACUCAGAUUAACUUGUGCCGACGAAAUCGAAGACAUGCUUGCUGUCGUCGUUAUGUUAACGACAGCACCUUAUUUUUUAUUCUUUUGUAGAGGCUUCAAAACUGUUGGUCCAUUCGUCGUUAUGAUUUACAGAAUGAUCAUGGGCGAUCUUCUCAGAUUCGUUGCGAUCUAUUUGGUAUUUGUUAUGGGCUUUUCUCAAGCUUAUUACAUCAUAUUCUUAUCCUUUGACAAUCCUAAUACGCCGGACGGCGUCGACGAUUCAACGACUAAUCCGAUGCCAUCUCCAAUGGAGAGUAUCAUGGCAAUGUUUCUUAUGAGCAUGACGAAUUUCGGUGAUUAUUAUGGAGCGUUCGAAAGAACAGAACAUGAAAUAGAGGCCAAGCUUCUUUUCGUACUUUACAUGGCAAUUGUUGCAAUUUUACUCGUUAACAUGUUAAUUGCUAUGAUGGGAAAUACUUAUCAAAAAAUUGCUGAAACAAGAAACGAAUGGCAACGACAGUGGGCGCGAAUCGUUUUGGUAGUCGAAAGAGGAGUGAGUCCUGCAGAAAGAUUAAAAAAAUUAAUGGACUAUUCACAACCGAUGUCCGAUGGUCGAAGAGCAUUAGUAUUGCGUUUAAAUCAAACGGAGGAAGAUAAGGAAGAAAUGAAAGAAAUCCUUGAAAUGAAGAGAACGCAUGAGAAAUUCUACAAAAGGAUGCAAAGCAAAAUAUUGAAAGAAAAAAAUAUGAUGCCUGAAACAGAUAUUACCAUUACUAAAGAUUCUUUGCAAUAAUUCCU